ACUGCCAAAGGAUCUGGUUUGUUUCCCAUUUUCGUUUUAAACCAAAACAUGCUACCCUCCACUUCUUUAUAACCAACCCCAACUAAGAAAAGUAGUAAGCUUCUUCACUCACAUAGCUAUAACAAGAGAGAGACCGAGAGAGAUAGAGAGAGACAGAGAGCAACAAUUAUUUCUUAGAAGUUUCAAAAGCAUAGAUCUAAAGCAAAGAGCCUAAAGAUGAUGAAGGGAAGCAAGUCAUACACGGAGUAUUCAUCAUCUUUCUCAACGGAUGAAUUUGGUUAUGAUCAGAACCGCUCAAACUCCUAUAACUUUAAUGGGCCUUGCAUCAACACAGAUCCGGAGAUGAAGAGGAAGAAGAGAGUAGCUUCUUACAAUCUCUUUGCCACGGAAGAAAAGCUCAAGAGUACUCUCAAGAACAGUUUCAAAUGGAUCAAGAACAAGUUCUCAGGGGAUGAUAAUAGUAUCCGGUACAACGUCUAGAUUAGUCAACUUUAAUACUUUCAUCUACAUCUUCUUCGAUCUUUCUUUUUAGUUACACUACGACAAGAUCAUAGUGAAACUUAACAUGUAUAUUAAGUGUGUGAGAUUAUGUAUGUGUGUCUUUCGAUAGAUUUGUACGUUUACUCAAAUGGAAAUAUCGAUUUUGUCUAUGUGCCAGAAUUAUAAAAUCCAACUUUUAAUUCUUUC